AUGAUUAAAGAGCGUAUUAAAUACUUGCAAACAAUAAAAACGAAGUUCAGUAACAUGACAUGGACAAAGGAAGUUGUAAAAACACAUUUGUUCUAUAAUGAAAUAGAAAAAUGCAAGGCAUUUUUAAGAUAUUCGGAAUUUGGUAACAAAGAGGCUGAUUUUCUGGUGCAUUAUGUAAAAGCAUACGAAAAACUGAAAAAUAAGCAAGGUGAUCAGCGCAUGCUACUGGAAAAUGAUGCACUAAAACAUCUUGAUUUUUUUAUAUCACUGUAUGAGGCAUUUGACGUAACGAUAGACUACAAUGCAUUCAAAAAUUGUGAAUUAACAGUUGCAAAUGCAUACAUCCUCUAUCAUAGAUCUGAGUUAAGCUACUUUCUAGACCUGAUUGUUGAAAAUGAUCCAUAUGCAUCAAAGGAGCUAUUUAUUGAAUAUUCAAAACAGAAUGGAAUAAAAGAGUGCAUUGUAAUGAAUGUACUGGAACAUAGAUGCUGUGAUUGGGCAUUUUACAUAGCACUGAGAAACAACUGGUUGUAA